AUCCGACGUUAACACCGGCGUUACAAAAGGGAAGGAUGUGUGGCCGACGGCUGAAGAGGUUUGCUGCUUUUUGGGCUCUGGUUUUCCUAAGGACAGUUACCGGGCUUGCCGGAGAGGGAAGAUCCGUGUGGAGAAAGGACCCCAACUUCAGCCCUGUGAGUGAAACGCAGAUGUUUCUGUAUGACACGUUCCCCAAAGGGUUUCUGUGGGGCGUGGGGACAGGAGCACUGCAGGUGGAAGGCAGCUGGAGGAAGGACGGGAAAGGAGCCUCCGUAUGGGACCAGUUCAUCCACACGGCGCUCCGAGGUGCCGAGAGCACAGACCUUUCCAGUGACAGCUAUACCUUGCUGGACAAAGAUUUGUCAGCCUUGGAUUUUUUGGGAGUUACUUUUUAUCAGUUUUCCAUAUCAUGGUCAAGACUUUUUCCCACCGGAGUGGUGGCAACUCCCAAUGAAAAAGGACUCCAGUACUAUAACAGUCUUAUUGACUCCCUGGUCUACAGAAAUAUUGACCCUGUGGUCACUCUGUAUCACUGGGACCUGCCCUGGACACUACAAGAAAAAUACGGGGGAUGGAAAAAUGAAUCCGUAAUCGAUAUCUUCAAUGACUAUGCCACCUUCUGCUUCCAGACCUUUGGGGAUCGUGUUAAGUAUUGGAUUACAAUCCACAAUCCAUAUUUAGUUGCAUGGCAUGGGUACGGCACAGGCAUUCAUGCUCCCGGAGAGAAAGGGAAAAUUACAACCGUCUACUCUGUAGGACACAAUUUGAUCAAGGCUCAUGCAAAAGUUUGGCAUAACUACAAAACACACUUUCAACCACAUCAGAAGGGGCUGAUGUCCAUAGUAUUGGGAUCCCACUGGAUCGAACCUAACAAAUCAGAAGAUGCUUUGGACAUUUCUAAAUGCCAGCGGUCUAUGGAGAGAGUGCUGGGGUGGUUUGCUAAACCCAUCUAUGGGGAUGGUGAUUAUCCAGAAGAACUGAAAAAUGAACUCUCUUUUCUGCCAACUUUUACUGAGGAUGAAAAGAACUAUAUAAAGGGAACAGCAGACUUCUUUGCAUUCUCCUUUGGUCCUAAUAACUUUAAACCUCCAAACACUCUGCCAAAAAUGGGACAGAAUUUGUCACUCAAUUUGAGGGAAGUAUUGAACUGGAUUAAGCUGGAAUACAACAGUCCUCGAAUCUUGAUCGCAGAGAAUGGCUGGUUCACCGACAGCCACGUGAAAACGGAUGACACCACCGCCGUCUACAUGAUGAAGAACUUCGUUAAUAAGGUUUUACAAGCUAUUAAAUACGACAAGAUAGAUGUGUUUGGUUACACAGCCUGGUCUCUCCUCGAUGGCUUUGAAUGGCAACACACCUACAACAUCAGGCGUGGGUUGUUUUAUGUGGAUUUCAAAAGUGAGAAAAAGGAAAGGAUCCCCAAGUCCUCUGCACUUUAUUACAAACAAAUCAUACGAGAAAACGGCUUCUUCCCCAAAGAGUCUACCCCGAGUCUGCAAGCUCAGUUUUCCUGUGACUUCUCCUGGGGCAUCACCGAGUCUGUUGUUAAGGCAGAAUCUGUGGCCUCCUCGCCCCAGUUCUGCGACUCCAACCUGUACCUCUGGAAUGUCACGGGAGACGGACUCUUGCACAAAGUGGAAGGAGUGAAGCUGAAAACCCGACCGGCACAGUGCACAGAUUUUGUCAGUAUUAAAAAGCAGCUUGAUCUGCUGGAAAAAAUGAGAGUCACCCAUUACAGAUUUGCACUUGACUGGUCGCUCAUCUUACCCAAUGGAGAUCUGUCGGUCAUCAACAGGCAGGUUCUUAGGUAUUACAGAUGCGUGGUUAGCGAAGUACUGAAACUCAAUAUUCAAUCUAUGGUCACCUUAUACUAUCCCACUCAUGCCUACCUGGGCCUGCCAGGUCCCCUGCUGCAGACAGGAGGGUGGUUAAAUCAAUCCACCGCCCAUGCUUUUCAGGACUAUGCGGCUUUAUGCUUCCAAGAACUCGGCGAUUUGGUUAAACUGUGGAUUACAAUAAAUGAGCCCAACCGCCUAAGUGAUGUCUACAACAGGAGCAGCAAUGAUACCUACCAGGCAGCACACAAUUUAUUAAUAGCACAUGCCAUGGCCUGGAAAAUAUAUGACGAGCGCUACAGACCCUUCCAGGCCGGGAAGGUGUCCCUGUCGCUGCAUUCGGACUGGGCUGAGCCGGCCAACCCCUACUUCGAGUCUCACGCGAAGGCCGCCAACAGAUUCCUGCAGUUUGAAAUAGGCUGGUUUGCUGACCCAAUAUUUAAGACUGGGGACUAUCCAACUACUAUGAGGGAAUACAUUCUCUUUAAAAAUAGAAAAGGCCUCUCAUUCUCCUCAUUGCCCUCAUUCACACAGGAGGAAAAGCAGCUCGUCAAGGGUGCAGCUGACUUCUAUGCACUGAAUCAUUUCACCACCAGAUUCGUGAUCCAUGAAGCUCAAAACGGGAGCCAGUACGAGUUUGAUCGUGAUGUUCAGUUUCUGCAGGAUAUCACCUGCCUGAGCUCCCCUUCCCGCUUAGCCGUGGUCCCCUGGGGAAUCCGCAAGGUCCUGAAGUGGAUUAAAAAAACCUACGGCGACAUCGAUGUUUACAUCACAGCAAAUGGAAUAGAUGACCAGUCCUUGGACAAUGAUGAGCUCCGAAAUUAUUACUUAGGAAAAUACAUACAAGAGGUUUUAAAGGCAUACUAUAUCGACAAGGUCAAGAUUAGAGGUUACUAUGCAUUUAAACUGACUGAAGAAAAGUCUAAGCCCAGAUUUGGAUUCUUCACUUCUGAUUCCAGAGGAAAGCCUUCGAUAAAGUUUUACAACAACCUGAUAAGCAAUAAUGGUUUUCCUGCCGAAUAUUCGAUCUGCAAUCCAUCGAGCAAGGAAGACGAGUGCGGCUUCUGCUUGUUCGUUUCACAGAAGAAGCCGCUGAUAUUCUUUGCCUGCUGCCUUUUCUCUACUCUCAUCUUGCUUUUAACAAUUAUUGUUUUUCACAAAAGAAAAAGAAGAAAACGUUAUAAGCCAAAAGGUAUCCAGCGCAUCUGUGUUUCACUUUAA